AUGGCUAGAAGAAUGAACACGGCGCAGGUACAGCGCCAAACGAAGAGCGAAACUAUAGAGUGGGAUAACCUGAUGCUGAGGACCGUACGAGAGCAAUUCGGGAAUCGUGCCCGCAUAGUGCCUUCCCUAAUAAACCAGCAGGGAAAAAAUUCGUUUGUAUCAACUUUGUUCAAAGAUGCAAGAAACAUAAACCCUCGUGACCCUAUCGAAAUUAGUAAAAACAUCGUGGACGUCAACGAAAAAAUUUACUGCAAUGCUGAAGGUGGCGAAGACAGCUCGACUGUCAAAAUCGUUAAUAGCGUCGAGAACACCGAAGGACACAACUACCAAGAGAGCGUCACAAAAGGAGUUCAAUGGGGUGCCAACACGAACGUUGGUUUGCAGUUCGGACUGCCCCAGGUCGGUGUAAGUGCCAGCGCGGGCUUCGGGUUGAACUUUCAGCGGCAGCGUUCCACGACACUCGUGAACGAGCAGAAAAAAGAAAACAGGGUUGAGUUGCAGUCUCACCACGAAGAGACGGUCAAAAUCGCUCCGGGAAAGAAAGUGAUCGUGAGGAUGACCUCUUACAGGGUGCGCUACAAGCUCGAUUACACGAUGGAGUACAAGAUAGCAAAAAUAAACCGGAUAAGGGUCCUUGUUGACACUUGCGGCGCGGGGUUGCCUUUUUGCAAGAGUUAUGUGUCGGUAUCGGCGCAACAACUUCUGCAGUAUCUGCCGGGAUACUGUGAAGACGAAGAGUUUGUAUAUUUUACGCAAGAGGGCGAAUUGAGAUGGAUCGCAGACAGGAUGGAUGUAAAAAAGACCAUUACAAACAUGUGA